CUACAUUCCAGCCUGGGCAACAGAGAGAGACUCCCUCUCAGAAAAAAAAAAAAAUAAUAAUAAUACCUGCAAGCUCCAGUGGAAGCUAGGUGUGCAGACUGACUUUAUUUUGCUAUUUGCCAUACCUUCCUUCUGCCACUGGAAAAAAUCACUCUUAGUUGUGCAAAUGGAAAGGCAGUUGGCACAAACUCUAUGCAUACACAGACACACAACACGUAAGUCCAGGACUCCCUAGGUGUGUCAUGACCAUACCCCUGGUGCCUGGCACAAUGCCUGGUGUGUAGCAGGUAGGCAGUAUAUAUUUUUGAAAUGGAUAAAUGAAUGUAAACAUUUCUCCCCAUCUUAAGCCAAAUGGGUAGGCUCAUCACUAUUAAAAGAUUGCUAACUUCUGUCUCAGACCUUUUGCAGAAGUGAUGUCAAAGUAGCAUUUUUUAUGGGUAGCAUCUGCAAUUUCCAUAUUUUAUGGGUCAGAAGGCAGUUGUUCUGAGUAUUUAUUCCAUGAUGCUUUGAAACCUGAAGUGUAUCUGUAGGACUGGCACCGCUGUAAGAAAGCCCUUUAUGAAGUCAUCAUCCCCACUUGCCAUCUCUCCCCAGAUGCAGACAUGCAAGCUUUUAAAAACACUUGAGAAGCCACCAUGCCUCGCUUUGCAAGCCCUCUUUUAAGAAACGUCAUUAUCAGAAGUCAAUUUGAUGGCAUCAAGAGGAAGCAAUGCCUCCAGUAUCUGAAAACACUGAGAACACUGCAGUAUGAUGGAUUUAAGACUGUAUAUUUUGGGGAAACCAAUAUCUCAGAAAGUCUAGUAACUGGGGAAGAUAUUAGUGAUGGAUAUUUCAUACAAACCCCAACUUGGUGUAUUGUGCACGCUGCGGGUAGUCAAGGAUGGGUGCCUUGGAAAUAUCGGUUGUUCCUAAGAGAUGAGCUGUGUAUCAAACAAGAAGACAGCCUCUUCUCUGAGUUCUGUGAUGUGGUGAGGAAGGCCUAUGGAAAGUGUGUCAUCGUGGUCAAAGAGAGAAGACAGCAGGAAGAGCAGAGGCCAAAGGAAGACAGAGAGGCUGAGGGCCAGUUCUAUAUCCCUACAGUCAUUAACUUAGCAAGCAUUGCGUGUUGCCCAGAGGUGGCCAAGUCCUAUGGCCAUGAACUACUCUCUCUACCUUCCCCUUGUAAUUAUCUGAACCCUUUAGACUCAGCCUGGUCUUCUCUGAAAUGGUUUAUCAUCAAUAACAGAAAAGAGUUUUGUUUGCAGUCCAUUGACAGUGUCUAUUCUUACGAAUGUAUACUUUUCAGCAGUUUAAUUAGCAAAGGAAUUGAAAGGAUAAACCCAAGCAAGUGGAGAACAUUAACUAGCAAAGUACGGAGAUGGGAAAACUACUAUCUUGGGAAAUUUUCCUAAGGGCGAUUCCUCCAACAAGCAGUGAGGCUGCUACAUGUCUGGUCUUUACCGUCAACUCUGUUGAGAUGGAUUCUACACCACUGCAGCCAAAGAUACUUCAACAGCGACCCCACAGGGGCGCUGCAAGAACUUGCUUGUUCCUAAGGAUGUUGGCAAGCACUUUGAGUUUACUAGAAGUUUCACUAAAAUGUAUU